UCGUACACCCAUUCUAAAAAAAAAUCGUACUUCAUUGUAUACAGCUACGUCAUAUUCAUGUUUAUGUAUCUGUGCGUGUAACACUUCGAGUUUGAAGUAAUUUGUUAUUCGAGAAAUAAAAAAAACUGUUUGAAUCUGCAUACUGUACCACUACAGUAUUAAUUGUUAAAAUAUAAUUGUAAUUACAAUAAUAUAAUAAUAAUAGGUAAAAUAUUUUGGAAAACAAAAAUGAAUUCGAUAAUCGUUCCCGACAAUUUACCAGAAAUAUUAAAAAAAUAUGUGAAAGCCGCGAUCCGAUCUCAGCCUGAAGACAUUGUUAGUUGGUCUGCGGAGUAUUUCAAAACCACAGAUGAUCAAUACAUUUCAUUGGGUACCCAAAAUAAUAUUAUCACUACUCAAAAACAAGAUCGAACCCUAUUUAGAAUAUUAGCAUUUCAAUUAGGUACCACAAUAGGUACUAAAGAAAGAAUAGAAGAAGUGUGGUCGGACUUAUCGCUCGAUUUCAAUCUAUUGGAACAAAUUUAUACGAUUGGAAAUUUUCGUGCAGAACACGUGGACAUGGUAGAAUUUUUGGGUAUAACUUUUGGACAUUGGACCAAAUCUCUAAAAGAAACAGUGUUAUUGUGCUGCGAAGCGUUCUGUAAAUGCUUGGCCACCGAUGGUUAUUUCAUGCACAUUGAUGUCGCGUGCAAGCUCUACGGGUACCUAGCGAAAUUGGAUUGUUCACUUCCGGCUGAUGCCGAUUGCACAGGCGGCGGAGUAAGUAGCAACAAACCGGCGAUGGUCCAAACCAGCAGGUCUCUGGACGGGUCUCCGGCGCCUCCGCCAGCUAGCGGAGACCAGCUGCAGCAAAACAACGUUUGCGUGUCAUUGGAAUCGAUUUUGGCCCGCCGUCUGGCAGCAGCUACCACAGACGGUGGAUCGAAGACCGGAUACCACGUACCAGGUAUCGGGAUGGCUGUGUCCGACGGUCAGGUGCAAGCGGUGUUCGAGUAUUUCCGAAAAUGCGCUGCCGACAACGGAGGUUACGUAUACGAUUUCGACAUCCAGAACGAUCGUUGCCCCCGGUUGGACGCUAUUAAUAAUAAUAAUUAAACCGCGACUGCGUGUCGUAACACCUUUGCAUUUCGCAAUUUCAUUACGUAACGACAUUAUAUUUAGCGGGUAACCCGCACGUGUCAUCGACCCGAGCGUGGAUUUUGGAUUCAAAUAUAAACGCCGCCGCACCGGCGAGCACCUAUUUAGCAAAAAAAUUACGCUGUGUAGUGAUAUGCAAAACACAUAAGUACAUAACGCCUUGUGUUAUAGGUAUAUAAGCCAUAAGAUAUAAGAAACUAAAUGAACUAAAAAUAAACCAUUAGGCUUCGAAGACUCAAUGUCAAAAAUGAUUACCUACUCGGUCAUAAUAUAGGAAUUUGCUUCAAAUAUAUACUUAUAAAUUAUUAUGUAGUAAUAAUAUGAAUGUUUCAGACUAACGUCAAUUAACAUCGAUUCAUUUAAGAUUUCCAUUCAACUGUUGAUCAAACUUUAACUGUCUCCCGCCCAAGAAUCGGAAGUGCACUAAUUUGUAUAAAUGAACCUAUACCUGUUACCUAACAUUUUUUAUACAAGCCACAUUGUAAGGUACAUAAAGAAAAUAUACAUUUAUAAAGGUGCAUGCAUAAUGUCUAAAAGACUAUAAAGCUGCAAUCUGAUCGUUAGACAACUGCAGUUGUGCCGAGCGAGACGAAUAAUAUCGGUUACUACACGACAGAGCUAAAUGGUAUUUUGUCACAAUAAUGGGAGAAAGACCAAUGAAUACAACUCCUCAGUUUACGUCCAUCUAGCCACCAUUUCACACCAUGACCUAGUCAGAUCAUUAAAUACUGACAAUUAACAUCAAAGGACAACGCGAGGGUAUCCUGUAAUGACAUGGAAGUGCAACUUUACAUACUGGGUUUAAAUCAGUUUGAGCAACUUGGACGAUCCCCACCUGAACUAAUCGGUAUAAUACUAUACGUAAUUAGGACAGAUAUAAAUAUGACGCUCAAGUCGGAAUUAAUAUAAUGCAGCCAGCUGUGCAACGAUAUUUUACAAAAUGAUUAAACAUUAUUACCUAUGGAAUAAUUCAUGAGCACAUAAUUUUACCUGGAUUGCAAACGUACUCAAGACAUUCUACAAUAUUUACAGUAAUAGUUUUGAAAAUCUAUUAAUGAUUGAUGUUUUUGUAGUACAUUAUUUUAAAUUAUAUCCAAACUUUAUAAUAUAAUGUAAUAAACGGUUAAUUUCUGAUCGUUGAUUUAUCCCUAUUACUUUUACUGUAUUUAGCUUUGUAUAGGUGAAAACAUUUCUAAAAUGGAUUUAGUAGUUUUUGAGUUUAUCCACACAAACAAACAAUUUCAUCUCUUGGCUCUUUAUAACAUAAGACAUUAGUAUAGAUUACGAAUGUGUUAUUUGAAUUCAAUGAUAAAUAUUACAUACAAUGAAAAACGAUCUGAGAGGAGACGGUUAGUUUUAAAAGUUUUUACUUGUUAUAAUAAUUGUAUUAAAAUGUUAAUACGUUUUUGGUUUUUGGUUUUUCUCAAAUAGUUUAAAAUCUUUUGCUAGUGCGUAGCACAAACUACUUCCAAUUUUCUACCAGAAAUACCUCCUUAAAAAUUGAUAGUUGCGAAGCAUUUUUCUAUCAGAAAAGUGUAAAGAUAUGUACAAAAAAAAAACGUUUACCUUAUUGCAAAAUUAUACCUUGGUCUUUCUUCCAUCGCUCCACUAAUAAAAUAAAAUUUUUAACAUGAUAUACAUUUUAGAAUCUGAUUUUACAACGAUGUGUGUUUUAAUAACUGUCGAUAAAAAAUGUUUUGCUCGGUCAAAAGGUUUGAAUAUGUAAAUAUGUUAUAUAAUGUAAAUCAUAAGUUGUUGUUAGUGGAAAUUAAAAAAUAAGUUUGACAACGGACAACGGUUGUAUACCUAAUACGUGAUUUGGCUUCACAUAAUUAGUUUAUACUGUAACAAAAACAUCUAAAAAACAUAUAAAUACAGUUAUUUUUUACAAAAUUACAUAUUAAAACCAAGAACAAUGAUUUUUGUUUUAUUGUAAUUUAAAAAUAUUAUUCCUGGGUACUUGAGACUUUUAGAGUGCAUUAUUAUACAGUAUACACACAAUGACAUUUUUAAAUGCAGUUUUUUGGCAAAAAUUAAUUUAACCUACUGUAGUACUAAUACU